CCGUUUCUCUUUUUUUUUUCGUGUUACAACUAAACAAAAAGUCUCUCGAGUCGUGAAUUCAAAUGUUCCAGCCGUAUAUUCCACAUGGAACACCACCAGACUCCGCCUCCACCAAAGCGCUGCGAGGCAUGCUGACCAAAAAAACAGCUGAGAGCGUCCGAAUAGAACAAAAACGACUGUGGUCUGCUGGGUGGCGCUAGUAGCAGAUAAAAAAGGUUCUCAGUUCAGUUGCAACCGCCGUCGUUGUCGGGUCGCAACUUUUCUCUCGCCUUAAUCAUUUCAAUUGGCAAAAAUAAAUUUCUUUAAAUUUUAAAUUGACUUUAUUUAACAUUGGCAGAAAAUUAUCCAAUUGGAUAAUUUUUUUAAUUAAAAAGAAAUUUUGAUUAAAAAUUGUGCCACGUGUGAAAAAAGGAUUACCAACUCAAGUGGGCCGGCCAUUCCCAACGUGUUCAGUGUGUGUGUGCGUGUGUUUUUGUUGUCCUUGUGACAUCAACUUCUUCUUUUGUUAAAGAAGAAAACUCUGCACACGAAACCCCCCACCAAAAACAACAAAUUUGGUGACUGCUGCUGCUGUUGGGUGGAGUGUGUGUGUGUGUAGGUUGUUGUUGUUGCUUGGGAGCAGAUCGUUCCUGCCUAAUAUGGUCCUGUUCUCGGCUUCGUCCCUUUUACUUUGAAGCUCCACGCCAGAAAAGAACUUUUCUCGAUCCACUUGAAGGAAAUUGGCACACAAUUCGAGUGACGUCAUUCGUGUUCAUCCCGCAGCCCUAGGAAUAUAUAAGAAAGAUGACGACGCCAUUGAUGGUUUUAUCGCUUUUAUUGGCGGUUGAAGUAUUGGCGUUCAACGUGGACAUCCCCAGCGCCUUGACGCAUCGGGGACCCAGCGGAUCCUAUUUCGGAUUCAGUGUCGACCUCCACAAGGAUCGAGGACUCAACUGGUUGUUGGUUGGAGCUCCGACAGCGCAGACGGAACAACCGGGCGUCACCCGAGGUGGAUCCGUUUUCCGUUGCAGCACAGAAAUUCCCGACCAGUGCCAAUCGAUUCCAUUCGACGUCACAGGAAACAAUAACGCGUCGGGACAACAAAUCGACCAGAAAUCGGACCAGUGGUUUGGCGCUACCGUCCGCAGUGCCGGACCCAACGGACCAGUUCUGGCCUGCGCUCCCCGUUACGUCUGGUUCUCCAACAAUUACAAGCGCCGUGAACCAGUUGGCACUUGCUUCGUUGCCCGUGAAUCAUUUCGGGAAUUCUCCGAAUAUUCGCCAUGCAGGACCUCCAAUUGGGGAUACCAUCGUCAGGGUUCGUGUCAAGCCGGACUGGGAGCCACUAUCACACCGGAUGGGCUUCGAGUGUUUAUCGGCGCCGUUGGCAGUUGGUACUGGCAGGGUCAGCUGUAUUCGAUCAAUACCACAAAUCCGGCCGUCAGAUCGCCUGUCUUUCGGACGUUUGUCACAGGUCAACUCUUCUCCCAGGGCCUUUUCUCACGACUGGACGUCCUCUCCACCACUGAAGGAUCUGCUGCCGAGGACGACAGUUACCUCGGCUAUUCCUCUGCAGUUGGCGAUUUAGAUGAUGACGGCCGAUCAGACGUGGCCGUCGGAAUGCCCCGCGGUGCCAAUCUCACUGGAAAGGUCGUGUUGUUGACUUCGAAUUUGACCAACAUUGUCAACAUCACUGGCCAGCAACUGGGCGCUUAUUUCGGCUAUUGCGUGACCGUGACGGACGUCAACAACGACGGACUCCAGGACGUGAUUGUCGGCGCCCCGCUCUAUUCGAAUUACGCCAACACGGAGGGGAAAUACGAGAUGGGCCGAGUUCACGUUUAUUACCAGAGCGCCCGGCUCCGCCAAUCGUUCCGUCGCAGUGACGUUCUCGACGGCGGCGAAGUCUCCAAGGCUCGAUUCGGCUUGGCCGUUUCAGCCCUGGGCGACAUCAACCUGGACGGAUUCAACGACAUCGCCGUCGGGGCCCCUUACGACGGACCCAGUGAGAGAGGAGCCGUUUACAUUUACCACGGAUCCAGCAAAGGCAUCCGCACCAAAGCCUCGCAGGUCAUUUACGCCGAGGAAGUCUCGUCGGAAUUGAGCACCUUUGGGUUCUCACUGGCCGGCGGCAUGGACGUGGACGGCAAUGAGUAUCCGGACGUUUUGGUCGGCGCUUACGAUUCCGACCGGAUCGUCUACCUCCGCUCCCGCCCCGUCGUCUACCUCAACACGGUCGACAUCAACUACGACGUCGAGUCGAAACAGAUCGACCUGGAGAACAAAAACUGUUCCCUUUUCGACGGAACGGCCGUCGCCUGCGUCCCCUUGACGCUCUGCUUCGAGUACAGCGGACGGGGAGUCAACAACCGUGAGGAAGUGAUGGUCCAGCUCAUCCUCGACUCUAAAAGCCCCAAGAAUCCUCGGCUGCACUUCCUAUCAGAGGAGAACAAGUCGUCGUUGAACGAAACUUACCAACUGGCCAAAGGCCAGCGAGCCUGCCGGACGUACACGGUUUACGUCCGGCCGUUGAUCCGCGACAAAUUGACGCCCAUCGAGUCUGAGGUUCGUUACAGUUUGAGGGAAGUGACGGACACCAGGAGAGGCGGAGCAGUUCAAGCCGGACGAUCAAGAAGAUCUUUGCCUCCCGUUCUCGGUGCGGAAGCGCCGUCCAAAACGGACGUCAUCGUCAUCCAGAAGAACUGCGGACCGGACAACAUUUGCGUGCCGGACAUGCAGGUCACUUACAAGGCCAACAUGGACAAGUACAUUUUCGGAUCGGAUAAGAAAUUGGAGAUUGAAGUGUCGGUGCUGAACGCGGCCGAAGAUGCUUUCGAGGCCGCCGUUUAUUUGACGCUGCCGGAAGAAGUGAAAUUCGUUCGAGUCGAUCGCGUCGACGACAAGGAAGGCGGACCGGCCGUUUUGUGCUCGUCGCCUUCGACGGAUGAGUUGGGUCAACCGGUUUUGCGCUGCGAAAUCGGCAACCCGUUGGCCGCCUUCCGCACUUCCGUUUUCACCAUCGUCCUUCAGCCCAGCGCCAGGCUGGCCCGUGAGAACGCUGCUGCAGCCAUCGCUGCCGGACUCAAAGCCAAAUCGUCUCUCGAUUUCGUCCUGGAAGUCAACAGCACCAAUCCGGAAGAUGCCAGUCAAAUGUUUGAUAAUCGAGCCGAGAUUUCACUGCCCAUCCGAGUCGAAACUGAUCUGUCCAUCAGAGGAAUUUCUGACCCGGAAGUGGUUCGUUUCAACUUGUCCUCAUUUGUCAGCUCUACGGUUCAAGUCAAGAGCCACGAAAAUCAAGUCGGACCCCAAGUGCUUCACAUUUACGAGCUGGGCAAUCGUGGGCCGUCGGACAUCCUCAAGGCUGACGUCUACAUCCUCUGGCCCACCAAAACGCUUUCAGGCAAAGAUUUGCUCUACCUGGUGGACCGUCCCUUUGUCGACGGACCCGCCAAUUGCCAACUGAUGGAGCAGUUCAAUCCAUUGGCUCUCAAACUGGAAAGCGAAAGGCUCAGCAGCUCGUCAUCCAGCGCAAGUUUCAGUGGCCAAAGAAGCGCCUCUUCGGCAUCGUCUGGUAGCAGUUCAUCAUCAUCUUCCUAUUCGUCCAGCAGCUCAUCCGGCAGCUCAUCAUCCGGCGGAAGUAGCGCCAGUAAAUCAAGCAAAACAACUUAUUCCUCCAGCAGUUCUUCCGGUGGUGGUGGCGGUGGUGCCAAUGCCAUUUCGUCCUCGUCGUCAUCCUCAACGACAUCUGUCGACGGGAAACCCAAAACAACUUCGACUUCUUCUUCCUCCUGGAACCGGACGUCGACGGUAACCCGUUACAAUCCCGACGGCACUGUCCAGUCCAGCGUGACCAGCCAAAACAGCGGAGCUGGAGCUCCCGGACAAGUGAUCCCUGGCCAAAUCUUUGACGAAGAAGAGGAUUACGAUUACGAUGAAGAACUGGACCAACAGUCGACCCAGGGACGGAGGAGAAGGCGCCAGGCAUCGAUGAACUUCCAGCACGGAAGGAACACGAAAAAUCGCGUUCGCAGUCGUCGUCAAAGCCAGUCGAAGGAUCUGGACAGGGAAUUGAACUGCGGAGCGACUCAGUGCACGGUAAUAAAGUGCUCAGCUGGUCCCAUCACUUCCAACAACAACGUCGUGUUCAAAUUGCGCGCCAGAAUUUGGGCUCAAACCAUUUCAGAGAUUGACUGGGAGGAUUUGGUGAUUUCAUCAAAGAUGGUGGUGGACAUCAACGAACUUCCGUACGGUGUCGAUCCUGGCUACCUUCCUCUACGUUCUGCUACGGUGACGACUACGCUGGAUCAACUGGAUCGGGAACGAGAAGCUAAAGCUAUUCCCUGGUGGAUCAUUGUUCUGGCAGCCGUGGCCGGAGUGUUGCUCCUUCUGCUCCUCAUCUUUGUCCUUUGGAAGUUGGGCUUCUUCGAACGGAGUCGACCGGAUAAGGACGAAUGCGAGCAGGAGCCGCUCAAGUCGGAGAACGGCCAUUUACAGAGGGACGAAGCCCUUUAAAUAAACUCGUUUCAACUUUUGAAACUUACUUCGAGUCUGCCAGAGAUGCCGUUAUGCAGCCGAAUCAACAUACAAUAGGACUCUACAUCUGUACAGUAUGUAUUUAGACUGGGCUUUAUAUAGGGCCACGUUAUUAAUCUUCCUUGAAAAAAGAAGUAAUGGACAACAAAAACUCUUCUGACUUUAUUUCUAUUCUUUCCCCCCUCCCCCUCUAUCCAUUGUUCACAUGAUAUGACCUUUUGUUUCUGUUGUUGCGAUGCGUAUUGUUGUUGAGAGACGACAGUAAAUAGUAGCUCGUCAUGUAUAUUAUUGACGCUACUCUAUACUUGUUACGUCGAACUUGAAUUGUACUUUAGAAAUCUAAUGAGUUUUUUUUUAAAUCACCAUCGAUCAUCGGCUAGCUUAUACCAAUUAAAAGAUUACAUUUGUGGUGGUGCCCUGCGUUUAAAAAUGGAUGCUAUCACGAUGACUAACGAAAUGAAUGAAAUCAUCAGCAAUUUAUACCAGCACAAAUGUGUUGGGGGCCUCUUUAGCUUAUGAUUUAGUGCUCAACAGAUUGACGAACAAAACCCCUUUUUUAUACAGAGAGAUUUUUUUUUAAAUAAGAGAGGUCCCCCUCCCUUUAGUUAAAUUGGGCGGCUAUUCAUUUAUUUUUGUCGGUCAGCAUCCCGCUGUGAAUCGCCUUUUCAAUUCAUUUUUGUAAUAAUUUUCUUCGAGUGAGUUUUUAUUUUCAACAAAAAACCAAAAUGUGUGCGUCCUGCUCUAAUGUUUCCAUUAUAUUUCGAUCGUCUCCAUAUUGAUUCAACUCCAUCGUUCAUAAUUAAUACUCCCCAAUCGCCUUGUUGGUCGUGUUUCAUCUGCCUUCGCCUGCCAAGAAAAAAUUGCGUUUCGUCGUCCAAUUUUGCUGCUUAUUUUUUGAUUGAGUUAUUAUUUUUUUGAUUCGUGUUGACUGGCUGUGUCGUACCUCAACGGUCCAUGUUCUCACUUUUAUUGCCCAUCUCCGACGAUAUCUGAAAAGCCAGGCCUUUUGACUUUGAUAACAUUAAUCCGAAUAAUGAAUUAAUCUCCCUUGACGAUUUUCGUUAAAGAUGCCAACAGCCAAUUGUACAAAAGGGAAAACUGUGGAUUUGUUUUUAAAAAGACGAGUGUUGAUUGACUUUUAUAACUAAAUUGAGCCAUGAACUUUGUUUAGAGACCAGCGGUCGUGUUGACUUAAAAUAUUUGAGCUAGCCUUUUUUUUAUGAUUAACAAAUGGGACAGUUUGAUUGAUUUUCUUUAUUGAAUUCCCCUUUCAAUGAAUUAUUAAUAUAUUGCCGCGUGACAAUCCUGUUUAACGACCCUCCAAUUGUGCGACCGUCUACGGUGUGACGAUGGAUCGGUCUCGAUGCGAGUGCUGUUUGUGUGUCUGUGACUUUGUUGAAAAAAUAUCACGAUAAUAUUCUAAUUUUAAUUAAUCAGUGUCAUUUCUAUAUACAUAAUAAUAAUUUUCGCUCGACUCUACUGAUGAUAUCUGCUGCUGGCUGUAAAUGUAAUUUUCUUCUUAUUUUUUAUUUUUAUUUUUUGUCGACAUGUCAUCACAGAGAACAAUAAAAACUAACUAGUCCUCGUGAA